AUGCUCCCAUCACCGCCGCAAGUUUCCUUCUGCCACUCCUUUCCUCGCAACCGCGCGCUCUCGCGGAACUUAAUCUCCAUGCCACACGCGAAUCGACCACUCAGUAUCCUUAACGAGUCACUCUGUAGUGUGUUACUCGCCACGUCCCUAGUUAUUGGGAUUCAUCCAGCGCAUGCCGCCAAUCGCCAGCGGGGUCCACGUGGCGCCUGGAGUGCAGUCAGCGGCCUCAUCGUCGCCUCUCUUCGCCUCCUGGUGGUAACCGCGCACUCCAACUCGUUCGUCGCUGUCGCCAACGCCGCCGUGCCGACAUGCGCCAGCCUCGCAGCUCAAGCUCCCUCGUUGAACCUCCUGCGCAAUGCGGGCUUCGAGGAAACUUCCGGCGCAGCAGACUGGCCCGCGCCCCUGUCGUCUUGGGUGCCACUGUUCCCCGGCGGCGCAGCAGCGCAGGGGGCGGGGGAGGGGGGAGGGGGGGUUCCGCCCGGGGAUCCGUCCGUUGCUGCUGAGGGCGGUCGGUUCGUUCGCCUGCAGCCCAGCGACGGCAGUGGCAACAGUGGCGGGGGGCUUUGGGGGAGCGGGAAGAGCGAGAUUGGGGGCACAGUGUGGCCGGUGCCGGGAGUGGGGCAGCUGCUGUGUGUUGCAAAAGACGACGCCAACCCUCUCCCGCUCUCCGGCCUGCUGCCCUGGCGCCAGCACGGGCCCUUCUCCUUCCACCUCCCACCCUCCUCAGCCUCCGCCGCUGCUCUCUCCUUCCCGCCGCAAGGCGUGGCUCUGCACCUCGUGCUGCUCGAGGGCAGUGGGGCGGACAGCGGCGGCAUGUCGUCUGGCUUCGAUUCCGGUCCUGGAGCUGCGUCCAUGACUGGAGCUGCCUCCGUGACUGGAGCUGCGUCCGUGACUGGGGGUACAUCUGCGCUAAGAGCUUUCUCGUUGUCUGCCAAGGCAACAGCGAUGGAAGGCGGGGCGCUCAUGUCAGCUGCAACGGCAGCGGGGAGCAUCGAUGUGGAUCUGAUCACGGUGGCUCCCAGAGGCACAGUGGCCUCCGCACCUCCGUCCUUCUCCUACUCCCGACUGAACUCCUCCUCUCCCCUCCUCACCUCCGGUUCGGCCCGCCUCCUCCCCUCCUCCCUGCGCCUCACCCCUCUCUCUCCGCCCCACCAAGCGGGCCUUGCCCUGCACCCCACGCCCUUCCCCCUCGUCUCCCCCGCCUCCCCCACCUCCCCCUGCCGCCCCUACUCCUUCUCCUCCUCCUUCUCCUUCCGCCUCUCCUCCCCCCACCCUGCUGCUCUUGGGGCCGACGGCUUUGCUUUCGUUCUCCUGCCCGACCCGACCGCCGGACUGCCCGGACCAAACAUGGGAUACGGCAGAAGGCCAUACAGGCAGGAGGAGGCUCCUUUGGAUGCGGGAGGGGGGGAAUCGGAUGGCGGUGGAGGUGAAUUCUGCGUGGAAGAGAACGGGAUCGUCACAUGCACCCCGGUUGACAGCGGCAGUGGUAUCACCCUCAACAGCAGCCUGCCACAUCAGCGCAGCCUGGCAGUGGAGUUUGACACGUCAUCUACUCGCCUGUUCCUGGAUCCAACCACUCACCAUGUGGGUAUCAACAUGGAUUACAGCAUGACGUCAGCAGGCCAUGCGUCUGUGCACCCCGCGGGCAUGGCCUCGCUGGGCAGCAACAAGAACAAGACGCUGCAUGCGUGGGUGGCCUACAACGCCACCGCCUCGCUGCUCUCCGUGCGCCUCUCCUCCUCGCCCGCCAUGCCCCCCUCUGCCCUCCUCUCCCUCCCUUUUAACGCCUGCGAAUUUUUUCACAAUGCUUCGGCCGACAGCGGGGAGGGGGAGGCCGUGUUGGUGCAUGCGGGGUUUGCAGGCGGCACGGGGCUGCUGCCGCUGCACACUCAGACGCACGACAUCCUCUCCUGGGCCUUUCAGGUCGACACUAAAGCGCCGGCGCCUCUCCCCGUGUGGCAGCCGCCGUCCCUCUCCUUGCCCUUCCUCACGCCAGCCGCACCCUUCACUGCCUCGGGUGCAGCUCGCCUCGGCUUCUCCUCGCUGCAACUCACUCCGGGCAACCAGGACCACGAAUCAGGCGCCGCCUUCUUCCCCCUCCCCCUGCCCCUGCUCUCGCUCCUCCCCGCUCCUCCGCCCCGCAAGGGGAGGAACCGCGCAAGGGGAGUGGGGCUCUCUAAGCCCUCUAAUGACCCUGUGGUGUGCAGAGCUCGCUCCUUCACCUCCUGGUUUGCCUUUGAGCUCAAGGCGAGUGGCGGUAAUGGCUUUGGGGUGGUUUUCGUGCUAAGUACUCGGCCGGGGGUGGGUCAAGGAGGGGCGGGUAUGGGGUAUGGGAGGGAUGCGCAAGGGAGGAAUGCGAAUGGGACGUGGGCGGAUGGAGGGAGGAGUGUGGCGGUGAUGUUUGAUGCCUUUAGCGGCAUUGACCCUAACUAUGCCAUUUACAAUGAUGUGGCAAUUCUCUCCGUUCACACUGACUUUAACGUGACACGGCGGCUGGCUUUUUCAUCUCAGAAGAGAUACACUUCAUCCUCGUUAUACAGCAUGAGGGUGGACUAUACGGCUGCCAUUAAGACUCUAGAGGCAGUGACUUAUAGAGGAGCUACGAGGAUGGGGAGUGUGAAGCUGAGUCUUGACCUGUGCUCUGUGUUCUAUGAUGGCAAUAGCACCACUGAGGGAGUGAUUCCGGUGUUUGCUGGGUUCAGCAGUGCCAGCACGCAGGCGUGUGUUCAGUCCAUCAAAGCGUGGACGUUUCGAUUCACAGGUUCGUAUGAACGGUUCGAGUUCCCCGCAUGUCGUCUUAACAGCACUGACACGUGUGCGCCUGGCGUGUGCCUGGAGGGCUAUGAUGCCUCCUCCUUCUGCCUCUGCCCGCCCUCCUUCUUCCCCCUCCACUACUCUAACCCUCUGAGGCGUCCCUGUAACCCAGUGAGCAAAUCUGCCACUCGAGUGCCAUUCUUCCCAGCACCCCCCGGCCUCACAUGCCCUCUGCUGCUCGACAUCUUUGACCUCUCACCUCAAGAGCUGCUGGAGAGCAACCAGGGCUUGGCAUGCCACAAGCCCAUACCUCGUGGGUUGACAGUCAACGUCUCGGCAUCUGCUAACAAGAGCUGCACCAGCAUGUAUACCGCCAACCAGGAUGACACAUGCGCGUCAAUCAACAGCCUCAUGGGGACCAACAUAACAGACUUGAACCGUAACAUAAACUGCUCACAACUUAUCAUACCUGGAAAGCGCGUGUGUGUGGAGAACAACUCAAGGUACCCCUCCUCCCCGGUGGCGGCCUGCAACCUCUAUAAGACUCUCGACUCCACCGUGCACACGUGCCAGAAGCUCGCCACGCUGCGCCUUGGAUGGCACAUCAUGAGCAUCGCAAAGCUCUUCCGCGUCAACCCCGCGCUCUACUGCGACCACCUGCUGCCCAAUGCUGCUGGGUGGGCGGACUCUGUUGUCGACAAGGUGUGCUUGCUAUCGAAUGAGGCGUCAGGCUAUGGAGGGAUGCAAUAUGAGCUAAUUCGCUUGGUACGGGAGUUCGGCGGCAAGACCGAGUUGGGCAGCGCACCUGUUGAUGGCGGAGCAAGAGCGGUCACCCGAAUUCCUGCAGGCACAGCAGCGGCAUACAUACGAGUGAAGGAGUUCUACCUUCAGCGUGGAUUGUGUAACCGGAUGGCACUCUCUGAGGAGCUCUCUUCAUUGAAGAUGAAAGAGGGGGAGGGGGUGGCUGCAUACUGGGCGCGUGCCGAGGACUUGAGGUCCAAGUACUUGGCUGCAGGAGGAAAGGAGGAGGUUGAGGAGUGGAUGAUGAGGAUACUCAAAGGACUACCUCCUCACUUUGAGAUGCUGAAGGUGGUGUUGAACAACCAGUCAUCAUCGCUCACUAAGGAUCAGCUGCUUACCUCCUUGAGGAGCGAGGAGAUGCGGAUUGGUGUCGCACCAAGAUCGGAUGGUGUAGCCACAUUUGGAGCGGGUACGAAAGUGGGCAGCAGCGGCAGGGGAAAUUGGGUCAAGGGAGGAAAGCAUGGAGACAGCGGUAGCAGCAGUGACACCAACUCGGGCAGAUGGGGUCAAUGGAAAGGCAAAGCGGGAGUGCUUGAUUUCCCUUGGGGGUCCAAGGGCAUGGCUCCUCGGGGGUUGUGUCAUGGCUGUUGGGAUGAGGGACAUGCAUGGCAGCGAUGUCCUCAUCGAUCUAAGGGAGGCAUUCCGGCAUUCUUACAGCGGGGGGGUCGUGGGUCCAACGGCAAGGCACAGGUGGCGGAUGAGGAGGAGCAGGAUGACAAGGCAGAGGCAGUGGUUGGAGAAGCAGUUGCAACAGUGGGAGAGGAGCAGCCGCGAGAGGGGUGGUGGAUUGACAGUGGGGCCAGCCACAACUUUACUCCUUAUGCAUCGGACUUCAAAAGUAAGCUUCAACCACUAGAGGUUCGGGGAGUUAGAUUGGGAGAUGGACGGGUGGUGAAAGCUGUUGGCAUGGGUGAGGUGCCAGUGGUUGGUGCUGGAGGUCAGCUGCUGAGGAUUCAAAAGGUCCACCUUGUGCCUGAGAUGCACACGCGUCUGCUGUCAGUCCCACACCUCACCUCUCGAGAUGUCAUUGUCACAUUCAAAGGCAAGAGAUGUGUCCUUCAACGGGGGGAGCGGGUGUUGGCGAUUGGAGAAAAGGAGAGGGGAAGGGACCAUGGAUUGGUGCGGAUGUUUCUUCCUCUUGCUCAGGGCACACAGGGCAGUGCUCUUGCAGCUAAGUCGUCCUCCUCAUUUUCCCCAUUGACCCUUGCCCAUCGCCGCCUUGGUCAUACCGCCCCCACAACAUUGCAACAGAUGGCUCGGGGGAACAGUGUACUGGGCUUGGAGAUUGGGGGGGGGAACACUGAUUUUUCCCCAUGUGAGCCCUGCUUAUUGGGAAAGUCGGCUCGGAAGCCGUUUCCCCAUGAGGCGUCCCGGGCACUUGGGCCUUUGGAUGAGGUCCACAUGGAUUUGUGGGGGCCGGUGCGCACACCAUCACUGGGAGGAGCGGUGUAUGUCCUCAGUCUCAUUGACGAUUUCACCAGACGAGUUUGGUCGUUCCCCCUCCCCAACAAGGAAUCGGCCAUAGUUGCAAAAGUCCUUCGCCAGUGGCAUAAGGACGUGGAGUUGGAGUGUGGGCGGAAGCUGAAGGCUGUUCGCUCGGACAGGGGUGGCGAGUUCUUGGGGGAAGCUGUAAAAGCAUGGAAGGCGGAGUUUGGCAUUAAAACUCAAUUGAGCGUCGCAGAUACACCACAACAGAAUGGGGUUGUGGAGAGGUGGCACAGGACGAUGGCAGAGGGGAUUCGCACAUUGUUGGUCGACAGUGGUCUCCCUGCUCGCUUGUGGGGUGAAGCAUUGAUGUGGGUCGUGUGGGUUAAGAACAGGGUCACCCACAGUGCUUUGCCUGCCUCCAUCACACCAAUGGAGGCGUGGUCCGGCCAGAAGCCGCAUGUGGGCAUGGCUCGGAUUUGGGGUUGCAUGGGGAGUGUCAUGUUGCAUGGGCAUGAGAAGGGUGGCAAGCUUGAUGCACGGGCUGUCAUGUGUGUCUGUGUUGGGGUGGACAUGGAGAGCAAGGGUUGGCGCAUGCUGGACCCUUCUAUCAUGCGCAUUCGCAUUGCUCGGGAUGUUGAUUUCCUUGAGAAUGUGAUGUGGAAGGAUUGGGACAAGGCAAAGGAAUUUGGGGAGCUUCUGCAGGAUGCAGCUGCAAUUUCCCAACUCCUCCCUCUUCCACUCUCGCCACCCUCAGCAACGGCUGACGACGUUGAGAUGCCACUUUCACCACUGCCACCGGCACCGCUGAGUCUGUCGGUGCAGCAGCAGCCCACCCCUCUGCAGCAGCUCAGUGGCCCCUCGGUCAUUCAGCGGAGAUCCGCUACACAGGCUACUUCCUCUUCCUCCUCCUCUGGUCAGCGCUCUAUCCCUCUCUCUACGGGUGCCCCUCCGUCACCAGCGACUACCUCCCCACCACCGGUUACGGGUUUGCAGGUGCUUGGUAUCCAGUCUGGUACAGGUGGUGAGGAGGUAGGGGGGGAUGCUGGUGUGGUUGAGGGCAUGCUAUGUUUGGCCAGGGAGGUGGAAGGUGUUGCACUGGCAGGUGUGAGCACAGGUCAAGGAGGUGCUUGCUCAGAGGUACCAGAUGAAGGAUCUAGGAAUGGUACUUGGUCUACUGAGGAAGGUGUUGCAGCUGAUGUCAAGGUGUACCAGAGUCUCAUUGGCAGCUUGAUGUAUGCUGCUGUGACCACCCGUCCUGACAUGUCUUUCACUGUCAACACCCUUGCACAGUCCUGCGUGGCACCAAGACGCAUUCACAUGCGCGCUGCACUGAGAGCACUCAGCUGCAUUCGAUAUCUCGUCACAUUUCCCGCCCCCCUUAUUGUCCCCCUCCAUCAUCCCCCCCCACCCUCCCUCCCUCCCCCCCAACCCCAUCUUCCUCCCACCCCUCCGCCCUCCCCUCCUCCCGUCCCACCGCCCCCAGCUCCCUCGUUGAACCUCCUGCGCAAUGCGGGCUUCGAGGAGUUUUCCGAUGCAGCAGGCUGGCCCUCGCUCCUGUCGUCCUGGGUGCCACUCGUCCCCGGCGCAGCAGGGCAGGUGGCGGGGGAGGGGGGAGAGGUAGGGGGAGGGGUAGGGGGAGGGGGAGGGGUAGGGGGAGGAGGAGGGGAGCCCCCCCCCGGGGACCCGUCCGUGGCUGCUGAGGGCGGUCGGUUCGUUCGCCUGCAGCCCAGCGACGGCAGUGGCGGCACCGGUGGCGAGCUUUGGGGCAGCGGGGCGAGCGAGAGGGAAGGGGCAGUGUGGCCGGUGCAGGGUCUGGGGCAGCUGCUGUGUGUCGCGGAAGGGUCGGAGCAGCCGCAGCAGCAGCAGGAGGAGGCAGAGUUUUCGCUGUAUUUCUAUGCAAGGGCUCGCGAGUGUAAGAUGGAUCCGUUUUCUGCCUCUGGAUUGCGGCCGAUGCGAGCAAUGAUCGUCGCCGUGCCCCUGCCACCACCAUCGCCAGCCACUGCCACCGCCGGCAGCACUGGCAGCAGCAUGGACGAGGGAGAGUUGGGCAUUGCGUUAGCAGCAGGCAUGCACAGCGGAGAGAUGGUGGUGCUGCAUCGAUGGACCAUCGGCGUGCCCUGCCUCAAUAACAACUCCAACUCUCUUUCGGGCCUGCUGCCCUGGCGCCAGCACGGGCCCUUCUCCUUCCACCUCCCACCCUCCUCAGCCUCCGCCGCUGCUCUCUCCUUCCCGCCGCAAGGCGUGGCUCUGCACCUCGUGCUGCUCGAGGGCAGUGGGGCGGACGUCAGCGGCAUGGGCUCGGGUGGCAGCAUCUGGGUGCCCGCUCCCGGAGACACGUCCGUGCCUGGGGAUGCGUCUGUGACUGGAGAUGCGUCUGUGACUGGAGAUGCGUCUGUGACUGGAGAUGCGUCUGUGACUGGAGAUGCGGCAGUGACUGAAGAUGCGUCCGCGUCAGGAGCUGUUCCAUUGGCUGCAAAGGCAGCAGCAGCAGCAGCAGUGGAAGGCGGAGCGCUCACGUCCGCUGCAGCGGCAGCAGGGAACAUAGACAUCGACCUGGUCACGGUGGCUUCCCGAGGCACAGCUCACUCUUCCCUUCCCUUCAGCCUUUUUGUCCCUCCCUCCUCCCCUCAAAUUCCAGCAGCCUCCGCCCCUCCGUCCUUCUCCCACUCCCCAUUCACCUCCUCCUCUCCCCUCCUCACCUCCGGUUCGGCCCGCCUCCUCCCCUCCUCCCUACGCCUCACCCCUCUCUCUCCGCCCCACCAAGCGGGCCUUGCCCUGCACCCCACGCCCUUCCCCCUCGUCUCCCCCGCCACCCCCACCUCCCCCUGCCGCCCCUACUCCUUCUCCUCCUCCUUCUCCUUCCGCCUCUCCUCCCCCCACCCCGCUGCUCUCGGGGCCGACGGCUUAGCCUUCGUUCUCCUGCCCGACCCGACCGUCGGGCUGCCCGGGCCAAACAUGGGAUACGGCAGAAGGCCUUACAGCCAGGAAGAGGUGUUUGUGGCUGCAGAUGGGGGGGGACUUGGAGGUGGGGUGAUAGGGGAAGAGGAAUGUGUGGUAGUGAUCGGGGCCUUUGUAUGCACUCCGAUUGGCAGCAGCAGCGGCAGUGGCAUCACGUAUAACAGCAGCCUACCACAUCAGCACAGCCUGGCAGUGGAGUUUGACACGUCAUCAACCCGUCUGUUUUCGGACUUAACCACUCACCACGUGGGAAUAAACGUGGAUUACAGCAUGACGUCAGCAGGCCAUGCGUCUGUGCACCCCGCGGGCAUGGCCUCGCUGGGCGGCAACAAGAACGAGACGCUGCAUGCAUGGGUGGCCUACAACGCCACCGCCUUGCUGCUCUCUGUGAGCCUCUCCUCCUCGCCCGCCAUGCCCCCCUCCGCCCUCCUCUCCCUCCCCUUCAACGCCUGCGAUCUCUUUCACUCCGCUCCAAAGGAGGACGGCGGGGAGGGGGAGGCCGUGUUGGUGCAUGCGGGGUUUGCAGGCGGCACGGGGCUGCUGCCGCUGCACACUCAGACGCACGACAUCCUCUCCUGGGCCUUCCAGGUUGACACCCAAGCGCCGGCGCCUCCUCCCCUCUGCCUGCCGCCAUCGCUCUCCUUCCCCUUCCUCACGCAAGGCACCCGCUUCACUACCUUGGGUUCCACUCGCCAAACCUUCUCCUCGCUGCAACUCACUCCAGGCAACGACGAGGAGGAGGCAGGCGCUGCCUUCUUCCCUCUCCCCCUGCCCCUACUCUCGCUCCUCCCCCCUCCUCCUCCCCGCAAGGGGAAAAAGGGUAGGAAAACUGAUGCAGUUGUGUGCAAGGCUCGGUCUUUCACCUCGUGGUUUCCUUUUGAGCUCAAGGGAAGCGGAUUUUUUGGAUACGGGGUGGUUUUCAUGCUAAGUACUCGGCUGGGGGUGGGGAAAGGAGGGGCGGCUAUGGGGUAUGGGCGUGACUCAUUAGACAGGAAUGCAAAUGGGACGUGGGCGGAUGGAGGGAGGAGUGUGGCGGUGAUGUUUGAUGCCUUUAGCGGCCUUGACCCUAACCGUGACGUUAACAAGGAUGUGGCGAUUCUCUCCGUUCACACUGACUUUAACGUGACACGGCGGCUAGCUUCUUCGUCUCAAAAGAGAUACACUUCAUCCUCGUUGUACAGCAUGAGGGUGGACUAUACAGCUGCCACUAAGACUCUAGAGGCAGUGACUUAUAGAGGAGCUACGAGGAUGGGGAGAGUGAAGCUGAGUCUUGACCUGUGCUCUGUGUUCUAUGAUGGCAAUAGCACCACUGAGGGAGUGAUUCCAGUGUUUGCUGGGUUCAGCAGUGCCAGCACGCAGGCAUGUGUUCAGUCCAUCAAAGCGUGGACCUUCCGAUUCACGGAGUUCCCCAUAUGUCGCCUUAACAGCACUGACACGUGUGCGCCUGGCGUGUGCCUGGAGAGCUAUGAUGCCUCCUCCUUGUGCCUGUGCCCGCCCGCCUUCUUCCCCCUUGACUACUCUAACCCCCUCAAGCAACCCUGCAACCAAGCCAUGAGAACUCACUUCUGGCAAGCCAUGAGAACUCACUUCUGGCAAGCCAUGAGAACUCACUUCUGGCAAGCCAUGAGAACUCACUUCUGGCAAGCCAUGAGAACUCACUUCUGGCAAGCCAUGAGAACUCACUUCUGGCAAGCCAUGAGAACUCACUUCUGGCAAGCCAUGAGAACUCACUUCUGGCAAGCCAUGAGAACUCACUUCUGGCAAGCCAUGAGAACUCACUUCUGGCAAGCCAUGAGAACUCACUUCUGGCAAGCCAUGAGAACUCACUUCUGGCAAGCCAUGAGAACUCACUUCUGGCAAGCCAUGAGAACUCACUUCUGGCAAGCCAUGAGAACUCACUUCUGGCAAACCAUGAGAACUCACUUCUGGCAAGCCAUGAGAACUCACUUCUGGCAAGCCAUGAGAACUCACUUCUGGCAAGCCAUGAGAACUCACUUCUGGCAAGCCAUGAGAACUCACUUCUGGCAAGCCAUGAGAACUCACUUCUGGCAAGCCAUGAGAACUCACUUCUGGCAAGCCAUGAGAACUCACCUUUUCGCUCUACCCUGCCUCGUCUUCUACUUCUGCUCUCCCCUCAUCCCCCUUGUACCCAUGACAUCGGUCGCACUCCUCUCCCCUCACAUGCCCUCCAUUACUACGGGACCCUAA